AAGUGAAGCAAAUUUUUCUGUUUAUUCAACUCAGAAAUUUUUUAUCAUGCUUAUUCUUAAUUGCCUCAUUUAAUAAUUAAUUUUUACCAAAAAUUGUGAACUAAGGAGCGUACAGGAACAGUUUUGCCGAUACCGACUGGGUGUUUGUCCACUUCUACAAUAGAACAAAAAAUCCUGAAAAGCGAAACUGCACCUUUUUGUACAUAUGUAAUUAAGAGCCGGCAAAAAUGGAACGUUUGGCCAAAGUUUUUUCGAAGCAAGACGAACUGAUCGAUCUUGACGGAGGAUUCAAGGAUGAAUUUGAAACAAUUAAGUCCCUGGACUCCCUACCUGCGGAAAAGCUGGAGAGGUUUCGCCAGCUGACCCUUAAAUUGCUUAAGGAUUUGGAGCAACCACACGACCGAGAAAAGUGUGCGGAGAGGUCAAGGAUUCUGCGCGAGGAAGGAAACAUCGUAUUUAGGGGACCCGCCACCGAAAAUGGAUCUUCCCAGGACGCAGAGAGAGUGUUGAAAGCUUGCAGGCUUUACACGAAAGCCGUUUUUGAGGCAGAGGACGCGGUGGAUGAGUUGGCUUUAGCCUACGCCAACCGAGGAAUGGCCCUGCAGGAGUACGGAUUCUAUAGUGAAGCCUACGACGACUGCGCCAAUGCGCUGGAGUGCGGCUAUCCGGAGCGGCUGAGGCAUAAGGUGAUCAUGAGGCAAGCACACUGCGCAUGGAAGCUGCAAAAGAUUGGGCCUCUCGAGGCGCAUAUAACAAGUCUGGAGCAGCUACAACUGAACGAGAACUUUUUGCAACAGCUCAAUAACCUGAAGGAGAAACUGCAGCUUCUUAAGAGCGAGCCCGAGAAACCAAGCACGAAAGAAGAAGGCGAAAAAAAAACCCUUGAGGAAAUCUCUACAGAUCCUGGCCCGCGUGGUCGCUAUAUGGUGGCCCAGGCGAGCAUAAAGCAGGGCCAAAUCAUCUUCUCCGAGCGAGCCUCUUGUUUUGUUCCCCUGGAGCAGCGCUUGAUUUGUCAGCAGUGCGCUGCAAGCUUGAUGAGUGCACCAAUUCCUUGCUGCAAGUGCCAUCAGAGGGUCGUUUACUGCUCAAGAAAGUGCCGAGAGGCCCACUUAGGCAUCCAUAAGUAUGAGUGUGCGGCCUACGGAAGGGAUCUUCUCAAGCUGCUAGGUGUUUCUCACUUGGCCUUGCGUAUGCUCUUGGCUUACAUACCCCUAAUGCUGCCGCAACUGCAGGUGGGCACAGACGCUCAGCAGAUUUGGGAAGGAAUCAUUAAGCUGGUUAAGACACCGAACGGUAGAGAAACCGCGCCAGAAUAUUUGCUAAGCCUUCGCAUGGUCAGCCAUCUGGACCAGGCAUCUAAGGCGGAGCUAGUCUACCACGCCCUUUGCGCCAAUCUGCUGCAGGUUUACUUGAAGGAGCACACCGAUUUCUUUGAUCAGUUUCACUCCUCGUUGGCCAGCACAAAAGAAUGGCAACAGAUUACAUCGGCACUGAUUCUUCGAUUUGCCGGUCAGCUCUUGGCCAAUGGCCAUGUUGGCGAUGCCCUCCUUCCAGUUGGCUUGGAGCCGAACGAGUUCGCUCUGCUGCAACCGGACAUGUGGGAGAAGCCACGACACCUAAAGGUUGGUCAGUUGCACAAUAUGGCCCAUUCGGAACUGAUCACGGCCAUUAAUCUGCCGUACUUGAGCCUGUGCAACCAUUCCUGCGUCCCUUCGAUUCGCACCAAGUUUGACGGUUGUUCUGUUGUUAACUACGCUGCGAAUAACAUCUUGGCGGGCGAGGAGAUAUUCAACUGCUAUACGAGGGACUUCAGGAACAGCCUGAAGCUGCAGCGAUCCGAGCCCUUAAUGGAAGUCUACAAAUUCAAGUGCAACUGCGACAAGUGCUCCCGAACUGAUCCCGAUCAGGAUUAUCUUACUUUCCAUCAGUAUCGCUGCGAACAACCCAACUGCAGGAAAGUUUUCCUGCCGCAAAUUGAACCUCAAAAGAGUAAUCUUCGCUGGUGGCUCUCACCUAACGAAAACCACUCGAUAAUUUGCACAGUAUGCAAGGAACGGCAACUUUUCAGCUGGUACAACGGGUUCCUUGACCUCAUCGAGAGCUGUGCGGACCCGUCAAGAAGGCAGGCGCUGUUCCAAGCAUUCGAUGAUCUGGACAAAUGGUUGGUCGACCAUCACAGUCUUAAAAGAAAUCUGGCCGAAGAACUAAUUACGGCCUGUUUUGUGGAAAUAGACGAAGGGACUUUGUUGGAUGAGUUGGAGUACAAAAAGCUGGCAAACAUUAUUCGGCGGCAGCUAGAAGGCAUUGCUGCCCAGUGCGGCGACACGUCUAUGGAGUACAUCGUGCAGAUGACCUUUCUCAUGGAUCUCAUUGCCCUGAAAAAAUGCCAAAGCAAAAAAGAGGAACUUUUGGAGUUGAAGGAAAAGCUGGAAUACCUGGCCAACGAACAUCGCGCAGUUUUUUUGAACUAUUACAACGAUUUUAUUGAGCAACAAUGUAAAUAACAAUAUACACGAGAUGAAGUGGGAGGCAUAUUCGUGAGGCAUCACGCCCCGUCGAGGAUAGAAGGUGUGGGUGGUGGAGAACUUUAGC